UAAAACCUAUUUUUGUAAAAAAAAAAAAACUAUGGCAAUGUUUCUCCGACAGUUUAAACCAAGUACCACCCAAACCAACGUAAGCGCCACCAGAAAUGACCUGCAAGAAUGUGAAUGUGUGCUGACAGAGGGAGCCUCAAACCACACCUUGAGGACCCUUGGCCUGACUUUGUCAUAAUUCACUUCAACUUUUCUUUUUCUCAUCUGUAUUGAGAGCCCGCUUGUUUUUACUUGUGAGCGGCUUUGAGUGCGUUUUUGCGUGUGUGUGCAACCCGGAGGAGAAUCCGAAGGUUUCGUGUCUCAACUGGCACUCGCACAGUGGCAGAGGUGAAAGCAGACGCGAUCAUUUCCCCGGCCGGCUGGUACACGCCGCCGUUUCUGGGUCACUCUUUGGCCCUCCGAGAGGCCCGGCAUCCGCGAGCACAACGUGAAGCAAACGCGAGAGAGAGAGCAGGCAAAGGUAUUUAUAGAAAAAUGGGGCUUCGCUGUCCCUUUUCCUUGCUCAGAACCAUUUCCGAACUGACUGUCCCACUUCUGUGAUCCGUUCACUGAGGCUGGAGCAAGCCUCCCUUGCUGGUUUUCUCACUUUGGACCACCACUGUGAGAUUUUCUUUGGGUGUGCUUGAUUUCUCAGGCACACAAGGCUAGAGCAUUUCCAGAGGUCCAGCUUGAGCGGCCGAGCGACGGUGCGAGUAGGCACUUGACUGCAUCUGCCCCCCCCACUAGGCCGGGGGGUGUGAAGGGUGAGGCUGGCCGGGACGUGCCCCGCCGCCAGCCGGGCGAGGAUGAGGCGUUUCCUGAGCCGAAAGGGUCGCUUCUCCCUGCGCCAGAGCAAGUCCGGCACCCGCAGCGCUUCCAGAGAUUUCUUUCUUGGUCUUCCCGCUACCAAUCAGAACUGGCCCGAGGCUUUCGGCUUCCGACUGGGCGGCACCGGGCCCAGCUACAUCUUGUCGGUGGUGGAGAGCAGCAGCGCCUUCCUGGCGGGCCUGCAGCCCGGCGACCAGGUGGUGGACAUCGAGGGCCAGGACGUGACCAACCUCAGCACCCCGGCACUGAUCGCGCUAGCUCAAACCCUCAAAACGGUGCCGCCCAGCAUCGGCGUGGUGUCGCGCAUUGAACAGAUUGACAUCACUCCCGGUCCAGACGGCCGCUUCGGCUUCACCAUCGUGGGCGACAGCCCUUUGACGGUGGAGGACUGCGUGGCCGAUGGUGCGGCCGCCCGUGCCGGCCUCAAGGCUGGCGACUAUGUCCUAGAGGUCAACGGCAUUCCGGUCAAGCGUCACGAGACAGCGGCCGUCAUGAUCAAAGCGGCGCAGGGUCGUCCUCUGCGUCUGGGCGUGCUCAGCAUAGCACGCCGGCCCAAGCGGCUGAGUAGCAGCAUGAGGGUCCUCUCGCAGAGCAGCGACAGCAUCAGGGAGAGUCGCGCGCACAAGGCCAUGGAGUUCAACAAGAAGGUGGAGGAGGUGCUGGGUGAGGAGCCAGAUUUGAAGGAGCAGCUCUUUGACGUCUUGAAGCAGUACGCCGCCGAUCGCCACGUGGAGAGCCUGGCCGAGGCGCUGCCGGACAUCCUCGUCACAGAGCGCCAUCGGCAGCUCAUCGAAAGUGUCAGGAUCUUCAUUCCCAAGAAGCACCGGGAGCGUUUUGACGAGGUGGUUUCCCAGAGCCCGAUGAGUCGUCUAAAGGGGCGGAGCUUCAGCGACCCCAGCCGUAGCGACCUGCGCCGCAGCCGCGGCGAGGCUCAUCCCGAGCGCCCGGCGGUCUCCACACGCGCCAGUUCGGUGCCGCGCACGCACGCGGACGAAGGCUACGCCCCCCUGCCCCGUGGCAUGCGCAAGACCACCUCGCUCAUAGCCGGACACUCGGGCGGAUCGACAACCAACUGCAGGACGGUGAGAGUGUGCAAAGGCAACAUGAGCUUCGGCUUCACUCUCAGGGGUCACGCCCCUGUGUGGAUCGACUCUGUCAUCCCGGGCAGCGCAGCAGACAAGGCUGGUCUUAAACCAGGAGACCGCAUCCUGUUCCUCAACGGACUUGAUAUGAGGACCUCCUCCCAUGAGAAGGUGGUGUCCAUGCUGCAAGGAAGCGGCGCCAUGCCCACCCUGGUUGUGGAGGACGGCCCGCCCUCUUUCAGCAUGUCAGAGCAGGACUUGACAGGGGGCGGCAUUUCCACAGAGCGCGCGCGCUCCCCCGCGCUCGGCUCCCUGCGCUGGGUGGCCGAGAUACUGCCACCGAGCAUCCGAGUCCACGGACGCACCUUCGGGCAGCAGCUGGAGCACCUGCUGACCAUCCAGGAAAGGUACACAGUCUGCAAGGCUCUGGAGAGCUUCUUCCAGCACAGGAAUGUGGAUACGCUGAUCGUGGAUGCCUUCCCGGUGCUGGAUACGCCGGCCAAGCAGGUCAUCUGGCAAUUUGUUUACCAGCUGCUGACGUAUGAAGAGCAAGAACACUGCCAAAGCAAAAUCUCACGCUUUCUUGGAUUCAAGGCGCCAGCUCCACCAGCACCCCCUCCCCCUCCACCAGAGCCCGAGGUUGCCCCCGAGCCCCAUCGCCGCAGCAGCUCCAUGAGGGUGACGGGCACCAUGUACAGGAGCAGUGUGAGGGGGCGGAGCUCUGACGACUUGCUCAUUGGCACAAACUUGAGCAUGGGCUUCCGUGCAGACUCGCUACUGGAAGCCGGAAUGCGGUUGGCUCCAGGAGAAAGACAAUCAGGCGAUGGGACCUCUCUUCCCGAGACUCCCAACAACCUCGCCAAUCUGUCAGCCGUGUACGCCGAACUGGAAAACAUGUACGCGGCCAAGAGAUCCAAGUCCCUGAAGACUCGCCCUCCUCCCGCCCCUGAGACUUUGCUGGAAGUGGACUCCCCCUCCCGCGCAACUUCCCCGACAACGCGUGCUCACACAGGUAGCCGCAAAGGCCUCCCGCCCGCUCUAACCUGGCCAGAGCCUCUUCCGAGCCCUCCCCUUACCCAAUUCUACCCAUCAGGCCUGAUCAGCCAGAACAGCGGGGAGUCCAACCCCUACAUGAGCCUGGAUAGCCCACCACCCUCACCACCGGAGCUCAUUGAUUUGCCGUCGAGUCCGCCGCCACACCGCAGCAGCAAACGUCGAUAUACUUUCUCCAAACCGCCGCGGUCCGAAGAUACUGACCGCUUUCUGGACGCGCUGAGCGAGCAGCUGGGCCAGCACGUGGCAAUUGUUGAUGACUUUCUCACUCCUGAAAACGACUACGAAGAGGAGUUUGGGCAGGUGGCAUUCCCAGAUGAUGAUGACGAGGAGGAGGAGGAGGAAGAUAAUGAUGAACAGUUAGGCAUGGACGAAGAAGAAAGCGGAGGAUUCGUGGGUCCCGAGUUGAGCAGCCCGAGCGACAUCCAAAGCAGCAGCGGGGACGAUAAUGCUUCCUCCCUCACCUAUUCCUCCUCUUCCGACCACAUCCCUCCGCCCCCCAUGACGCCUCCUCCACCUCCACCUGUUCAGUUCAAUGAUGCGCCGGCUCCUCCAGCUGCACCUGCGCCGUCUCAUCCACCAGCACCACCACCACAGCAGCAGGCUAGCUACAGCCCUGAAAACCCGCCGAGAGCUUACCUGCCCAUCCGCCGGAAAUCUGGCCCGCCUCCCCCACCCCCGCCCCGCAGCAACCCGCCACCAAAACGACACUCCUUGCAUAAAGUGCUGCCGUCCGAAGAGGGGCUGCAGGUCCAGGCUGCCAUACAGGAGCUAAAGGCCUAUCAAGAGCAGCAGUCCUACAAGGAGCAACAAGAGUAUCAAGAAAGGCAAGCAUAUGAAGAGCUGAAGGCCUUUGAGGAACAUCAGGCCUUCCAGGAGCAGCAGUCAUAUCAGGAGCAACUGUUCAAGGAGAGACAAGCCUAUGAAGAGCACAAGGCCUUGGAGGAGCUCAAAGCCUUUGAGGAGCAAAUGUUUGAGGAGCAACGAGCAUUCCAGCAAAGACAAGCGCAUGACUUCCAGGACCAAAAAGCUUACGAGGACCAAGUGAUACAGCAGAUCUACCAGAGCCACCACUCAAUGCCCGCCCAGCCCACCCAGCAGAAAUCCCACUCACCACUAGCACUCCAGCAGCUACACCAGUCUUUACCGCCACUUCCUGCACCGGAAGCCUCCAACCACCACUCUCGCCAUCCUCUGUGCAUGAUGCUGCAGCAGCAGCAAGUGCAGCCCGGACACCACCGACGUCUAUCCCGGUCGGCCCCGCCUCCGCAUCACCCGCCCCCCCUUCCCACGGCUAACCCGAGUCGGCAGUAUCCCGAGGAUGUUUACCAAAGCCACCAAAGCCACCAAAGCCUCAGGGCCCAGCCUCACCAUGCCUCAGCCGAGAUGCUCCACCAUCCCUCGGCGGAGAUGAUCCAGAUCUUGCAACAUGCGCAGGUCCACCAACCACCGCAGCAGAUGCAACAACCCAGCAGCCACUACUCCUCUGCAGAAAUCUUCCACCAGCCCAAGAUCCAUCACUCCUCUAUGGAACUCCUCCAUCAACCUCACCAGAUGAUGCAGAGGCAGCCUCACCACUCAUCCACGGAACUUCUCCAUCAAGGCCAGCAGUUGCACAGGGGGCAGCCCCACCAUUCAUCCAGCGAGCUACUUGACCGGUCCCAACAGAAGCAACAAGUCAAGCCGCAUCAUCACUCCUCCAGCGAGCUGCUGCAUCACAUCCAGAAAGAGCCUCCCUGCCAGCCGCUUCAGAUGAACCGAGAAAGCCGUUCGCAGCAGAGCCGCCGAAGUCUUAAAAGUCAGCCCCAGCCCCAAGGCUCAGCACAAGGGCCGCCAGUACACCAAAGGCAUCGCCCCCAACCCAUCAAGCCGUCCCCCCAGAGGCCCCAUUCCAUUCAGCAGACUCGCCACCAUUCGGCCACGCCUCACAUCCAUCACAUCCGCCACAUGACCCCGCAACCUCCGCCACAGGAUUACCAGCACCAGAUUCAAGUGAUCCAUCCGCCGCAGCAAGCCCACCGGCCACACCCGCUUCUGUCUACGUUCCAGCCUCUCCAGCCGCAGCAGCCCGUGCUCUCCUCCUUCCAGCCUCCGAGCCAGCGCGAGCAGGCCCAGUCGGCCACCCAGACCACCCGCCCCCAUUCCCAGCCCUCCCAUCACCUGAUGCAGCAGCAGCAGCCCCAGGGCCAGUCCCAGCACGAAGCAAUACAGAGCCCAAUUCAGCCCCAGUCGCUCCCCCCAUCUCUAUCUGAGCCACCUCCACCCCCACCACCACCUCUGCCUCCACCCUGCUCCCCUCCGCCAUUACCCCGGCCCACCCUCUCCAGGAUGGACUCCCAUCACAUGAGUGUCAAGAGGCUGCGCUGGGAGCAAGUGGAGAACUCGGAAGGCACUAUCUGGGGCCAGUUGGGCGCAAAUUCUGACCACGAGAAGCUGCAUGACAUGGUGAAGUAUUUGGACCUGGAGAUGCACUUUGGGACACAGAAAGGGUCUCUCUUGUUUUCAGCGCCGGAGCCCUUGGCACAACUGGAAACAUUUAGGAAAAAGGAUGUAAUUGAAAUUCUGUCCCACAAGAAGGCCUACAAUGCAUCCAUCCUGAUGGCCCACCUGAAGCUGUCCCCCGGAGAGCUGCGUCAGGUGCUGCUGAGCAUGAACUCCGACAGGCUGCAGCCAUCGCACAUUAAACAGCUGCUGCUAUAUGCCCCCGACGCCAACGAGGUAAAAAAGUACCAAGACUACAGCGAGGACCCUGGCAAACUCAGCGAGCCCGACCAGUUUGUACUGCAGAUGCUGUCAGUGCCUGAGUACAAGACCCGCCUGGAGAGCCUCCUCUUCAAGUGCUCACUACAGGAGAAGACAGAAGAGCUGAGGGGAGCCUACGAAUGCAUCAACAAGGCCUCCUCGGAGCUCAGGAGCAGCAAGAAGCUUGCAAAGAUUCUCGAGUUCGUGUUGGCCAUGGGGAACUACUUGAAUAGCAGCCAGCCCAAAAGCAACAAGACAACUGGCUUCAAGAUCAAUUUCCUGACAGAGCUGAGCACAACGAAGACGGUGGACGGGAAGUCGACGUUCCUGCACAUUCUGGUCAAGUCGUUGUGCCAUCACUUUCCCGACGUGCUGGAUUUUUCCAAAGAUCUCACCACGGUUCCUCUCGCAGCCAAAGUCAACCAAAGGACGAUCACAUCCGAUUUGAACGACAUGCACGGAGCCAUCCGUAACAUCCGCUCGGCCUGUCAGAAAAUGCCCGCGAGCGCCGAGGACCGCUUUGCCGCCGUCAUGAGUACCUUUCUAGAAAACAGUCAUCCGGCCGUGCAGUCUCUGGAGUCCCUCCAGCAGAGCUCUCUGGAAGAGUUUUCUCAAACGGCCUCCUACUUCGGGGAGGACGGCAAAAGCACCAACACGGAGGCCUUCUUUGGCAUCUUUGCUGACUUUGUCAGCAAGUUCGAGAGGGUUCUCAGCGAUCACCAGGCAGCUGAAAACCCCAAAAGCCCGAGAAGUCCUCGAAUGGCCUCCCCGCUUGCCUGGUAGCACUUACAAAGAACAAACACGCACAUACACACACACGCUGUUAUGCUCGAAAGCACGGCUGGCAAAAGUAUGGCAACUUACCACUCCGCCCACACCGUUCUUCAUUUGGUCCUACAAGCAUUUAUAAAAUCAAGAUUUUUGCCCAAUUUUCCCCCAUCUGUAGCUUAGCUAGCUUGCUAGCUUUCGUUAAUUGUGUAGCUUAUACGCAAUUGCUAAACCCUGAAAAUGCAUUUUCCACGGAUGCGGCUAUUUAAAUCCCCAAGCAAUGAGGUCACGCCGCAGAUGAGCCGAGUGCAGCACCCGAAGCCUGUUAGCUCGCCAGCUAGCUACACUGUUUCACAUCCAGUAUGUAACUUGUUGCACUUUUCUGAGCCAAAUCAGCUUUCAUGUACCGUUUCUAUUUGGAAGGGACAUACAAGAUGGCUCAUCUAUUCAUACCAAUAGUGUACUAUAUUUAUGAUUGUAUUGCAGAAUUUAUUAUUGCAUUUUCCACUUUUAAUUUUCCUUUUCAAAGUUCACUAAGUGGGUGUGCGGUGUAACUUAGCCAUUGAACUAUUUUGUAGCAGCAU